AAUCUUGUGGAGGAAGGGUUUGCAACAAUUUCCACUCAUCAAUCAAAUAAUCAAGUUUACGCUAAAUCUCUCCUCAAAUCUGAAAACCUGGCGAGAAAGAAAAACAAACGAAUAUGGAAAGAUGAAGAAGAAAUAAAAGAGAAAAUCAGUUUGCUGAAAAAGAUUUUAAUAUUUUUGAAAUUAAAAUAACACUGUGUUUGUGACAUUUGAAUUAACUAGAUUUUUUUUAUGCAAAGCUAUGUCAGACAGGCAAUUAUGGUAAUGUUUGUUUUCAGAGAUGAUCAAAGCAAUUUUGAUUUUUAAUAACCAUGGAAAACCGAGACUUAACAAGUUCUACCAGUAUUACAAUGAAAGUCAGCAGCAGCAGAUAAUUAAGGAAACCUUCCAACUAGUCUCGAAACGAGAUGAUAAUGUUUGCAACUUCCUGGAGGGUGGUUCACUCAUUGGAGGCUCAGAUUACAAGUUGAUCUACCGCCACUAUGCAACCCUGUAUUUUGUAUUUUGUGUGGAUUCCUCAGAGUCUGAGCUAGGAAUUUUAGAUUUGAUUCAGGUGUUUGUAGAAACCCUUGAUAAAUGUUUUGAGAAUGUUUGUGAGUUAGAUCUGAUAUUUCACAUGGAGAAGGUGUACUAUAUCUUGAUGUUUAGGUGUAAUUUAUCUUGAUGUUUAGGUGUACUA